AUGACGGCGGAUGAGCGGCCGUCCGGGCGCUACUGCCUGAUCACGGUCGGCGCCACGGUUGGCUUCGAACAGCUGACCAAAGCAGCACUUGAGCCGUCAUUCUGGCAGUUCCUCCGGGACAAGGGCUUCAGCAACCUCCGUAUCCAGUGCGGCCCCGACAUACCCUGGGCCACCGACAAACUAUCACAGCUCGAGCAUGAGAUCCCGCCGGGCUUCUCUGUUGAUGUAUUUGACGUCAGGAAGAACUUGAUGCUCGAGGAAAUGGUCCUUUGCAAGCCCGCCGAGGGUCAACGCGGGCAGGGCCUCAUCAUCUCCCAUGCAGGCACCGGCACUAUACUCGAUGCCUGGAAAGUUGGCGUUCCACUCAUCGUCGUCCCCAACACCAGCCUGCUCGACGACCAUCAAACGGAGAUGGCAAAACAUCUCGCCCGCGAGGGCUACGCAACCAUGGCUAAGCCCAGCCGCCGCGACCUUCAAGAGGCCAUCGAUAAGGCGGAGCUUCUUGUCGAGGAGAACAGGACGCGCUGGCCGCCUCACCAGGUAAGCAACCAGCAAGGUGGCGCGGCUCGACUAUGGGACAUCAAGCCCAUCGAGGUCAAGGCAGAGGAGGUCUCUCAGAUGACACACGAUUAG